GAUUAUCGAUUUGCGAGUUCAGUGACAACGCGGACGCAUACGCACCCGGAGCCUGACGUUGGCGCACUCCUCGUUCGACAAAAAAAAAACUACGAUAAGUGUAACGACAUCAAUAAUACUGUUGUUGUUGUUGUUGUCGUAGCGUUCGCAUUAUAUCCAUCGGAGUGGACUUUUCUCAAAAUGUUCGCUAAUAAAAGGCGGGACAACAUGAUGUUACUACAUGCAAUCAUAUUUAGUCAAACGUUUGAUUAGCUUUCUAAACAAAGUUUUGAUCUGUCUUCUACAUGAUGUAAGAUAGUCCUAAACACUGGAAUAAUGUCAGAGUACAUAGGGUUCGGUAGUUUACCGGAUAUAGUACAUAGAAAAACCGUCAAAAAAGGAUUUGAAUUCACUCUGAUGGUAGUCGGUGAAUCUGGCUUAGGAAAAUCAACACUGAUAAAUACAUUGUUCCUGAGCGAUUUAUACAAGGAACGAAAUGAAUCUAGUUAUGUACCUCCUCAGACCGCACAAAUUGAAAAGAAAACGUUAUGCAUCGAGGAACAAGGAGUAAAGCUAAGACUAACCGUUGUAGACACACCUGGUUUUGGUUCGUCUUUGAGCAGUGAUGAUUGCAUUCGGUCAUGCUGCGAGUACGUGGACGAACAAUUUCGAGCAUAUUUCGCUGAAGAAAGCGGUAUUAUCAGAAAGAACAUAGUUGACAAUCGUGUUCACUGUUGUCUUUAUUUCAUACCCGGUCAUUGUCACAGCCUAAGGCCAAUAGACGUAGAAUUCAUGCUCAAUAUCCACGAAAAAGUCAAUGUCAUACCAAUCAUAAGUAAAGCAGAUAUGUUGACUGAAAAAGAAAAAAUACAAAUCAAACAACGAAUAAAUGAUUCUAUUAAGUCCCACGAAAUAAAGGUAAAUUAUUUAUUAAUUUAAUUAAAAACGAUUGUU